GCCGGAAGCUGAGGAGCGGAUCGGGGCGGGGCUAGCUCACUUGAGGGGAAAAGCCCAGGAAUGGCGGACGGGUGGCGGCUGAGCUGGUGCUGCAAUUCUGAAGCCAUAUGAGGGAUUAAGGAUGAGUCAUUCUGGGCACAGCAGUCCUGUACAGUAGGCUUCACCUACGGUGUGGAGAUCACUUAUACGGAAAGAGACUCCAAUAUGGCUUUUUCCUUGGCUUUUGAAAGCUGGUGAUUUCAUCAUACAGGAAAGUACAACUUGGAAGAAAAUCCCCGUUGAAUCUACUUUCAGAGCGCGACUUGAAGCUGGUCCACCAUGCCAUUAGUAACGAGAAACAUCGAGCCAAGGCACCUGUGCCGUCAAACACUGCCCAGUGUUCGCAGUGAGCUGGAAUGUGUGACCAACAUCACUCUGGCAAAUGUCAUUCGACAGCUGGGCAGCCUGAGCAAGUUUGCAGAGGACAUAUUUGGAGAGCUUUUUAUUCAGGCAAAUACUUUUGGCUUUCGGGUGACCUCCCUCGCCGAGAGAGUUGAUCGCCUUCAGGUCAAAGUCACUCAGUUGGAUCCCAAAGAAGAAGAAGUAUCCCUGCAAGGCAUCAACACCAGGAAAGCCUUCAAAAGCUCCACAAUUCAGGACCAAAAACUCUUUGACAGAGACUCUCUCCCUGUGCCUGUGCUUGAAACAUACAGCAUUUGUAAUAUGCCACCACCUCUUAACAUCCUCUCCUCCUACAGGGAUGAUGGCAAAGAAGCACUUAAAUUCUACACAGAUCCAUCAUAUUUCUUUGAUCUCUGGAAGGAGAAGAUGCUGCAGGAUACAAAGGAUAUAAUGAAAGAGAAGCGGAAGCAUAGGAAAGAAAAGAAGGAUAAUCCAAAUAGAGGAAAUGUUAAUCCUCGAAAAAUCAAAAGUCGGAAGGAAGAAUGGGAAAAAAUGAAAAUGGGACAAGAGUUUGUCGAGCCAAGGGAAAAAUCUGGCAUAGGAGGGUAUCCAUCUAAUAUGGUGUAUCAGAAUGGUAGCAUUGGCUCCAAUGAAAGCUUUGAUUCCAGCUACUACCCUCCUCCUCCUCAGCCAGAUUCAGGUUCGCCAUCACCUCCUGCCUUCACAGAUGACAGCCUUCCACCACCACCAAUGGAGUUCACCUACCCAGCACACAACCAAAGCAAUUCUGGGGGGCUGAGAAAGCCCAGCCUCGUCAGCCCAAGCCACCCGCCACCGGCCCCACCAGUGGGCUCACCCCAAGGGGCCAGGCCAGGCUUUGCGCCGCCUCCUGCGCCACCGCCACCCCCGCCCAUGGCCGGCGUCCCCCCACCUCCUCCGCUCGCCGGCUUUCAAAAUGCAGGCAUCCCACCGCCGCCCUCUCCGCCCUCUUUCCCGCCUCACCCAGAUUUUGCGGCCCCUCCGCCACCACCGCCUCCAGUCGUAGAGUAUGCCAUCGUCCCUCCGCCCCAGUUGCCCCAGCAGGCCGGCAAUGCGCCUCCCCCUCCCCCGCCCCCACCCCCUCCUGGCCCCCCUCCUUCAUCCUUUGGUGGCAUGGAUGGCUCACAAGCCCCUCUCCCACCAUCGGAUUCCGUGGCCUCCAAGCCCAAAUCCUCACUGCCUGCUGUUAGUGAGGCCAGGAGUGACUUGCUUUCUGCUAUUCGUCAAGGAUUCCAGCUUCGCAAAGUCGAGGAGCAGCGCGAACAAGAGAAGCGGGACGUCGUGGGCAAUGACGUGGCCACCAUCCUUUCGCGCCGCAUUGCAGUGGAAUACAGCGAUUCGGAGGAUGAUUCUUCAGAGUUUGACGAGGACGAGUGGUCUGAUUAAAUCCCCACCUGCCGUUCAGGCUUUUUUGGGAGGCAGAAAUUCACAUAACUUCCAGAUAGCCCCCCCCCCCCCCC